AUGGUUCACUUCACUUCCGUCUUCGCUGGGCUGUCGCUCGUAGCUGGUUCUCUUGCCGCGCCCUCCAAAGAAGGUCUCUUCUCCAAGAUUACCAAACGGGCUGGUACUCCCAACAGUUCCGGUACUAACAACGGAUUCUUCUACUCCUGGUGGAGUGAUGGCGGUGCCGAUGCUACUUACACCAACGGUGAGGGAGGUUCUUACUCCAUGGAGUGGAAGGAUGGUGGUAACGUCGUCGGUGGUAAGGGUUGGUCUCCUGGAAAAGCUCGAACCAUCUCCUAUGAGGGAGAGUACAAGCCCAACGGCAACAGCUACCUCUCCGUCUACGGCUGGACCCGAAACCCCCUAGUCGAGUACUACAUUGUAGAGUCCUUCGGUACCUACAACCCCUCCAGCGGUGCUACCAAGAAGGGUACCGUUGAGGCUGAUGGCAGCACCUACGACAUCUUCGAGACUACUCGCACCAACGCCCCUUCAAUCGACGGUACUCAGACCUUCCAGCAGUACUGGUCUGUUCGCCAGCAGCAUCGCUCUACUGGUAGCGUUGACACUGGUCUUCACUUCGACGCCUGGGAGAAGGCUGGUAUGAAGCUCGGUACCCACGACUACCAGAUCCUCGCUACUGAGGGUUACUUCAGCAGCGGAUCUUCUCACAUGACCGUUUCUGAGGGGGCUUCUUCUGGUGGAUCUACUGGCGGUGACGCUUCCCAAGGCGGUGAUGCUUCCCAGGGAGGUGACGCUUCUCAAGGUGGAAACGGCCAACAGGGUGAUACCCAGCAGCCUGGUAACGGUCAGCAGGGCGGUGAUGCUUCUCAAGGAGGCGAUGCUUCUCAGGGCGCAAACGGUCAGCAAGGUGGCAACGGAAACUCUUUCCAGCAGCCUGGCAGUGAGAACCAACCCCAGCAACAAGAGAUUGACACUGGUGCUAACGAGCCCUGCCAAUAA